AUGUAUAAGCCAUACGCUGAGACAGGCUCUGCUGUGGAUAAGCUGGUGCUACAGCUCAGGGAUGGUUCCUCUCGGCGUUAUGGUUUCGAAGGAGGCGAUCCUGUGGGUCCUUGGACACUUGAUGCCGAUGAGCUCAUGCCCUACAAAGCAGAAGAGUGGAUCCACUUGUUCAGGCAAGCUCGCAAAGUUCCUGUGACAUGGAUCUGCGGAGAUCCAUUUUCCGUAUCUGCUGUAGCAUCGCACGAGCACCUGACGGAAAGAGCUUUCAACAGCGAAUUUGGUUUCCAGAUGGUUGCCGGAGACAAGAGCGAACACAAAGUGAAACGAGAGAUGAGGUUUUGUUUCGUCCAUGUCGCCAUCGAAGGAUGCUCGAAAUAG